AACUGUGAGUGGCGCUAGAGAGACUAUUUGUCUCAUUAUUUAACAACAGAACACGUUAUUUGAUUCUUUCAGAGGCAGAAAUACAGUAUAAAGGUGGUCUGACCAAUCUUGAAUGUAAAUUCUGAAACUGGAAAGAGGCUGUGCCCUGUAUAGCGACAAACAUGGCGGAAAGACAGCGGGCGCUCCCUUCAUGGAUGGCAAAGAAAGAGGUUAAAGUGAAAGAAAAGACGCCAUUGAAGAGUCAGAGAAAAAGAAGAGCUCCAAGAGCUACGUUUUACUGUAUGAACGAAGCGGAGCUGGUAGAAGCUGCUGUUUCAUUUCUCACCCAGAGUUCCUACGAGGACGCAUCGUUCCCGCUUCGCCAGAAGGUUGAAGGAACAGCAAAUCCCACCUCCAGAAAGGAAGUAGACCCAGGCACUUUGGAGAUAAAAUCAAAGCCAGUGACGUCGCCUUUAGAGGAAGAGUCCUCAGACUGCUGUGAUGACCUGGAAAUGACAUACGUUUCAGAAACAGACUUGGACAUUACAGAGGUGGAAACUGUGCCCUACUGCAGGAACCCACAGCAUCCUGAACCCGAAGGAGAGAGAUCAGCAUCUGCCCAAGGUCAUUGUGAACCCAACAACAAUUUGCAAGCUGAGAAAGAAAGUGAGCAACUGUCGACGGCAGCAGAGGAAGACGAUGCUUUACAGCUUGUACGAGAAAUAUUUUUCACCUGACUGAAUGUGUUUUUAAAAGCGUUUUUAGGAAAUUUUAAGUAUUUUAUACCGCAGCUAAAUUACUUAAUUUAUGACAUGACACCAAAUGUAGUUAUUAAUAUUAGUUUUGGGAAUAAACAUCCAAUAUGACAUGGACAUCACUGCAGUGGACAAAUCUCAAAUGUGUCGAUCUGUGAACUAUAAUGUCAUUGAAUUUGUAGGAUGUAAAGCUGUGAUCUGAUCACUAAGAAUGAAUUUUCAUGCCAGGUCUGAACUGUCAUUGUUCAUGUACAUCCUGAACUGAAAGGUGAAAGUCUAAAACAUGUCACAUAUGACUGUUUAAGUCAAAUAUAAACCAUUAGAAAUGCACAUUUAUAAUUAUUUGUAUUUUAUUUGUUUUUCUAACCAUUAGCAAUCCUAAUAAACCAAAUUUUUACUGUUUCCCACUAGUUCUUGAGAUUAUUUUUAUGAAGCCAACAUGUCAAUCUUUCACAGUACAUUCAUUCCCCAUAAACCUUUAAUAUUAUUAUGUCGUAACAGUAACACCAGUAGCUAUUAACUUAAGUGGUGCAGCAUAGUUGUUAUGACUGUAAUUAACCGUUAUAAACAAAGUUGGAGCCUGACAACAUACUUCAGGAGUUUUUUUUUUAUAAACACAGUUUAUGACAUUUAACAUUUGCAGGUAUAACACUGAUAAUGGCUUUGAUUGUUUUUUUUUUUUUGGCACAUUUUCAUUCUUACAUUCUUAUCCUCUUACAAAUGAGUUUGUCCAGACAUCUCAUUGGUACAGCAGUAAAAAUAAACUUGAUCUACUAAAGUAAUUUCAAGCAUAUACAUUAACAAUAUGAUUUGAACACAGACAACACCAAUAAAAUAAGCUUAACCUUGUGAACCUGUGGAAUCUGGUGCAGCUUGAAUCCAUUUAUUUCCAGUCAGAAGUCAGCUUCUGUCCUAAAACCCUUGUAAGUACAGUUGUGACAAUCAACUGUACCUCCACACCAACACACAAAUAAAACCAAAGUGUCAAGUAGGAGUGAAAAUAUGCCACAAACAUAAUGAUGCCUCCCAGAGUGAGCAGGGCUGAUGCUGCCUGGCAGACCAUGCCGCACUGGAGUGUUGUUCUGUCUUUGGCAUAAGCAGCUAACAGCAUGCAGAGCACGGCAAAGGCCACAAGCACGAUUGGAACAUAAAAAAAAAGAACGAGUAUCGUUUCAAUACCGUACAUUUUCCGACCAGAGUAAUCUGACCAUUGCCUUUGACUACAAAUUAGUUCACCAUGUUGACUGUUUUCACAAAAGAUUUGAUUGAAGACACCAGGAAAGUGCAGCAGCAAGACUUGAAAGAGGAUGACCAGGAGCAGCACAGAAAUCCCAAUAGAGUUUAAUCCUGGACUCCUUAUUGAAAGACCAGCCAUGUGGAACGGCUCUGCACUCUGGAUCUGUAAACCUAAUAUAAAUAUUGACAAAAAAAAAUCAAAUGAAAGUAGGCACUUAAAACAAUAAGGAAGAAUAUUAUCACCUUCCUAAAAUAAUUGACUAAGUCAUUUUUUGCCAAUGUAAUUUUUUUCAAGGUGGUGAUUUAUUUAUUUAUUUUUUAUUUUUGUCACAGUUUCUUUUUUCAAAAAAGAGGUGGCAAGUUGCAGUAGUUAACCAGGACACCACUGCAGUUCAUAAAAUGCCAAAUGGGCGAGCCUGAAAUGGUAACCUAAAUUUGAAAAUCAAGAUACAUUGCACUUGUAAAUAGAAAGAAAAGAGUGUAAUAAUUAAUAAGACUAUUUUCUUAUGUCAUUACGUGUGGAGCUAAAAUGUGAGGUUUGCACAGUGCCUUGUGUGAGACUUAUUUUCCUUAAACUUUUUAUUGUCAUGUUGUAUGCUUUGAUGUAUUUUAAUGGAAAUGUAAAUGAUUUGUCAACCCAAAGUGGUGUAUUUUCAUGACACGAAAAGAAAUUGGUUCGUGGCUUUCAAAAUUUUGAAAUUUUGGUCUUCAUAUGGAUUUAUCAUCUGCAAAUCUAAAACCUCUAAAUAAAAUCCAGUACACAUAACUUCCUUCAAAUGUCACCUCUAAGUAAAUUUAUCACCUCACGUCCUCUGAAGACCUCAAAGGUUGGAAACGGCACUCUGUUCUGGGGAGGCAAAAAUUAUUAUUUUUUAGUCUACACACAUCAGAAAUCCACAUAGCAACGAACCGCUCUGAAAAUGCUGAUUGCUGUUUUAUAAAGUUGAGAUACAAAGUCUAGGCCUAAAUUCUAUUUGGAAUUUAUUCAAAGACAUGGAAAUCACUUCAUUCAAUACGACUUGAGCUAUUUUGGGAAGAAUAAUAAACAAAGAGGUGCAAAGUUGGCAGAAAUAUACCACAAAACCCAGGUUUAACUGCAGUUCCACAGUUUAGCUGAGCUCCUCGAUUUUGAUGGGUGUGUUUGACAGAUAGAAUUAUUUCAUGGUUAUGCUGCAGGAAUAAGAACUAUAAAAUAAUUAAAUACACGUUUAAUUAACUAUCUGAAUCGGUUUGCAUGUUCAUGACUUGAUACGUUAAAUAAUUCAUUUAAACAUUAAAUUCAACAUUUAUUCAUGGUACAUCGAUGUAUUUACUUAAUGACCCUCCAUAUUAUAGUAGAGUAUUAUUUCCAAGAAGUCCAAAAUUUCUGCACCAUGUCUGUUCCUCAAAUAUGGCUUAUGAAAGUGAUAGUUCUCUCAUAAGACACAAGUCAUAUGUAGAUCAGCUGAUCAUGUUUACUUCACAACACAAUCGCCUUUACUUCAUACCACAAUCACUUUAAAAUGUUGUACGUUAAUAUGCGUUAAAGAUAGUUUGCGUUUACUUUAAAUCGCUUGGCAGUGCUAUACAGAUUCUGAGUCAACGUCUAAAUUUGUUCUUUUCGUGGACAAAAUAAAAAUGACAGUUAAAUCAAAAACUGGCCAAUUUCCUGAAAUAAAAUAAAACUGUUGUUGAUCUGUAGGCAUAAUCAAAUGUUUAGCAAAAUUGUCUUGCUGUAGUGUGUGUUGUUUUUCUUACUUUCACCGGAAAAGGGUUCACGCCGAAGUCAGUCAAGCAAAGCUCUUCUGCAGAGUCAGAGAGAGGCUUGAGGUUUGAGCGCGCACGCUCUCGCCGCGAACGCGCACGGCUCGGCUCGGGUUCUGCCCCGCUGGUGCGCGCUCCCAACAGGCACUCCGGCGCACGGACUGACUUCUGCUGAGAGCUGAGUGAUCAUCUGCACUUUGAUCAGCUUUAAUUUAACUGCAACAUCAAGGAGUUUGUUAAAGGUUCAUCAUGGGAAACAAGUUCAGCAGAAGGCGAGAAGCCCCUGUCAGCAGUGCUGCUGCUGCAGCAGCCAGCGAACAGAAGCCUGCUGUGGAAUCAUCGACACCUAAACCAACAGCAGACUCUGCGAUAAAACAGGAGGCUGUUAGGACAGAGACUCUAGAUGUGUUGGUAGAAGAACCACCAAAAGAUGAAUGUGCACCAGAGGGGAAAGAGGAAGAAAGUCCUGUUACCUUGGCCCCAACAGAAGAUGCAGAGUCUGAACUACUAACAAAGGAAACUCCAGCUCCAGUGCAGUUUGAAGCUGUGGUCUCAGACACCAAUCCUCUGGAACCAGAAUCGUUUGCACCAGCAAAACCUGAAGCUACAGAGGAAGCUGAAGCUGCUAUCGCUCCAAACAGAGAGGAUGUUCCAGAACCUGACUCUGCUUUGCAGUCAGAGGCAGACACUGACCUUGUCUCUGAGCCGACGAGAAUCAGAGACGAGGAUGUAGUGCAGCACAAAGACCAAGAGUCUGUAACUGAUCCAGUUCUUUCUUCGCCACCAUUGAUUGAUUUUGGUGUCCCUGAUGUGAUUUCCUCACCAACCACCAUCCCUCUGGAUCCAGAUGAGUCACUGAAUAUGUCAGGAAGUGAGCACAGUGCCACAGCAGAGCCAGAAAAACUCACUUCAGGCUUUCUGGAGAAGUCGACAGGGGUGGAGGCUGAAGAGAGUCUGAAGACGCUGGGGAGUGACAUCAACGUGGAAAAUGUUAGCGAACUCCUGAAAAACUCCGAGCUGAACGAAACUGACCUUCUCAGUGACAUCAUUCCAAGAGAAGUCAAGAUCCCUGAUGACACUUCAAUCACAGACAUGAGCACAUCCAUGGAGUUAAUGUGAAUCCAUCAAAGGCAUCCUUGAAACAAGCAAAAGGAGAUUUUAUUCUGUGAAUCCAUAUUCUAAAUGGGUAUAAAAACACCUUGACUUUCCACCCCAAUUGCUCUUAAGACAAAUGCCAAAUAUAUCUUUUUAACUGAACCAAAAGAGCUGUGCAACACGUUGGACUUCAAUUUUUUCUGCUCUUAAUAAAUUUAAGUAGCCAGUAGAUUUGGCUUUGGGGUGUAAAUAGGCUCAAACAGCACAAAACAGAAGUACAUAAUGCAAGACAACAGAGGCCUUCCUCUAUGCAAACUCACUAAGCAAAUAUUCAAACCUAUCUGCUGCGCAUUAAGGAAUUAGUGAGAAUAGCUUUAAAACAACCUAUUGAGAACCACUGUGUACGAAAGAUAAAGUUAAUUCCUUUUAAGAAUAUAGGUGUGUCCUUUAGCCUGGUCAUCAUAAACCAGCUAACGAUGUCUUACCCAAACGACAGAUUACAGGACUAGCAAACCAAAAAUGACCAGUUUAAAAAUUGCAGCACAUACCCGGAAAGAACUACCAAGUAACUAUUUAUGCAUUAAAGAAGUAGUGUUUACACUUCCACAUAUUAGUCUGAAUGGAAUGAUUGUAAUUUUUAUUCAAUAGUGGCUUGCUUGUGAAAAUAAAAGUGCUAUAUAUCUUC